AUUCACUCACUCUAACCCAUCACUUCUUCAUGAGUCUUCCUUCUUUGCCCCGUAUCCUCUGCCUAUCUGAUUUUGUCCGUGCCUGUUGUUGGGAGAUUCUCCCAGUCCCGCAUCUCUAGACAAGCACAAAACCUAGUCCCGUUCCCUCGUUGUUUCCUGGCUUACAACAAUGUCCAACUCCUCCAAAGGCCGCUCUGGCGGUGUCUUGCCUGUCAACGCUGCAGCCAGAAAGACUACUACGCCUACCGCAGCAGCUAAACCUUCCUCGAGGAAUCCAGCCCCCAAGUCCCGACUCAUCAUUCGUCGUCUCCCACCAGGAUUGACUGAGACGGAAUUCUGGAAUUGUCUGGGCCAGGCUUGGAAAGUUGGCGCUGGGAAGAUUGACUGGGCUGCCUUUAAAGAGGGGAAGAUUUCAAAUGAUCCCGCAAAGCCAUCUCGGCCUUCCAGAGCUUACUUGAAAGUAAAGGACCAAAGUCUCCUGGAGGAACUGUCUGUCGUGGUUAAGCAGUCUUCCUUCUUGGAUGCCAAAAACACUAGCAAGGAUGCCUGCCUUCUUGGACCCCCUUCACUCGAGUUUGCUCCUUACAACAAGACUCCCAGUGGACGAAUUCGACAUGACGGCCGACAGGGCACGAUUGAUCAAGACCAGGAAUUUAUUGACUUUUUGCAAAGCUUGACUGAACCCAUCACCAAAGGAGCUGCUAAUGGGGCUGAUGCAUCAGACGUCAAAGCUGACAAGGUGUCCACGACUCCACUCAUACAAUAUAUCAAGGAGAAGAAAGCCAACAAGGCAAAGGAAGCCUCUCAAGCCAAGGCGACCAAAUCCCGCGAAGCCAAAGAGGCCAAAGUCUCCAAAUCCGAGAGUCGGUCCACUGUCAUCAUCAAAGGGAAGAACAAUCCCCCAGCAGACAAGGACAAGGUCGCCAAGGCCACCCAGGAUGCGGUCAAAGCAGUCAACAGGUCAGUGGCUGCAGCCCAAGCUGGAAAGCAAACAUCGACCAAGUCAGACUCGAAGCAAUCUUCAAAAGAGACCUCGGCACAAGCGACACCUUCGACCAAACGUGAACGAGAAAGAGGCAGUGCCAAUGCAGCUGCACGCAUGCUCCAACGCGAUCUAGGACUUGUAGCCAAGGAGAACAAGACUCAACGAGAGAGGGCAUCUAAGGCUGGAGCUACGAGCAGCACUGGAGCAGACUCUGGCGCCUCUAGCAAAGCAACUGGGGCCACAAAGCCAACAACCACGGAGAGUCUCACUGAGAAGAAAGAAAAGAACAAAGACUCUGUUCCAGCAACACCGACGACCCCAACGCCGCCAACUGGACCCAGAGCAUCACGUACGACAAGCGCAGCGUCAACAGCCACAUCCACAAAGGCUGCAAAUGCAACCCCUGCGCAACGAACUACCAAGGCUGCAGCUCAACCCUCUCAAGGGGCAAAGUCAGCUUUCCUCAAGCACGCCAAUGCCUCGCAAGGCAUCACGGAAGAAGCUUUACAGACCAGUUUUAAGGAAUUCGGAACUAUCACACGAUGUGAGAUUGACAAGAAAAAGGGUCUGGCAUAUAUCGACUUCGGUGAAGCAGAAGCAUUGAAGAAAGCCAUGGCAGCAAGUCCAGUCAAAGUGGGCAGUGGACAAGUGACGGUAUUGGAGAACAAGAACUCGCAAGGUGGCGGGAAGAGGGGAGGUGGACAACAGAAGCAAAAAGGAGAAGGCGGCAAAGCCACAAAUAUCGAGUCAAAAGCCGCAAGACCUAAUAGCGCAGAUCUCACUCAAGCUGCUGCAAGCAAAACUGCUGAUUCGACAGCACCCUCUACUCCCAGCAAUUCCGGAAUUCUGCCAGAAGCAACCUCAACAACGAGCACAGCGGCUGCAGCAGGCAAAGAAGCACAGGGUUCAAAGGCGCAAGGUCGAGGUGGCGGACGCGGUGGGAAGGGAGCCGGAAGCUCAAACAGCAACAAGGGCUCUGCGAGAGGUUCAGGACAGGGUGGCAAAGGUGGUAACCGUGGAGGGAAAGGACGCCGCGGCGGACAGGGAGGGCAGGGAGGUGGAGAUGCUGGGUCGAAUGCCGACAGUUCAGCAACACCAGCAGCGAGCAGUGGAGGUCCUAAUACGACCAGUGCCGGAGAGGCAAAGAAGUCCGAGUGAGAUCCAUCAUAGGGCACUUGGAAGGACUCAGUUGAUCUUCAGGGCUGGCCGCGUGUUUGACUCAAACACUUCUUGGAAGGUUCUUGAGCCAGCGAAACAUGGCCGUGGAUGUCUCGCCUCUGACCAUGGAUGUCAAGUUUGAUCCAAGGCGAGACAGGCGUGGUGAGGGUCUUGCACGCUGAUCAAGCUAGUCUGGACUUGCAAGUAAAUCAUUGUCCUGAACAAAGGAGAGAGGGUGAGAUCUACCAUCCGGCUCUAGAGACCACCUAUUCAAAUUAUUUCUUUGUUGACAGAAACACUCUGCAUGCGGUGACAGCU